UUCGCAACCAUUGGUACAUGUCUUAUUUUAAAAAUUUACUCACAAAUAAAGGAGACUUUCGGCGCUUAGGUCAAGUGUAUUUCUUUUCGUUCUUGAAAAGAUUCAGAAUCAUACCUUAAAACCUACGAGAAAGCAAAACUGCGAAAAAUGCCACUUGCUCAACAAUUAGAAAAUAAGAAAGAUCUGGAAUUGUGGUCCCUUUGCAAAAAUUCAGCGCACGAACCCGUGGACUGGAAGAGGAUAACAAAUCUUCUUCGUCGAGGAGCUCACGUGAACUUACGCAGCAAUGGGUGGACAAUUCUCCUGUGGGUGUGCUGGAAGAAUCAGAACGAUUCGCAGGCCAAACUGAUUAAAAUCCUGAUAGAAUAUGGUGCCAACGUAAACGAAACCGACCCUAAUGGCAACAUGGCAUUGUAUAUUCUUUGCCGCUUUAAUCAAUCACCAAAUUUAAUUCAUUCGAUUAAAGCGCUGAUCGACGGUAAAGUGGACGUGAACCAAACAGACCGCAGGCGAUGGAAUGUUUUACACUAUUUGGCGCGAUUCAAUCAAUCAAAGGAAUUGUUGCCCAUAAUGGAAUUACUCCUCAACAAUGGAGUGAAUGUGCAAGCUACUGAUUUGGAAGGCUGGAAUGUGCUUCAUUACCUAGCGCGCUUUUAUCAAGGCUCCGAUCUCAUCAAAUUUUUCCACCUGAUGAUAAGACACAAGAUCAACCUUGAAGUUCGAGAUUUAGAAGGCUGGAACGUCCUUCAUGUUUUGUGUCGCUAUUACAGUCAAGUGGGCAAAUUGCAGCCCAUUUUUCAGUUACUCGUUGAGAACGGAAUUGACAUUCACUGCCGCACUUACCAGAAUCUCCACGCACUUGAACUGCUCCUUUUCAAUCCAUGUGGCGAUUUCCAUUCGACCUGCGUCUGGGUUAUGCGUCAUAAUCGCAAAGACUGGGACAAUUUGAUUUGGAAUUGCGAAUCAGUGUUGAAUAUGGCGAAACUUGGAUGCCAAGAGUGGACACACUAUUUCAGCGACGUCAACUUUUAUCGAUGUGAAGGUGAAAAGGGUAAAUUCGCUGAAGAAUACCUGACUGAAGUUAAUUUGAAUUCGAUUUCGUUGUGCCCAGAGUGCAGGCCAAGAUGGCAGUUUGACAAGUUCUUUGUUCACAACCAAAAUGAAACCCAAGUCAACGCCAAACCAGUUAGAAGAAUAACAUUUCCAGCUUUCAUUCCGUCCGUACAGGAGAAGCUCGUUUCACUCCGAUCGUGCUCUAUAGUUUCGACAGAACAUGAUUUGAAACCGGUUCCAGAACCUGACAAUUGGCGGUGGAUGGCUGACGCCUGGCAAAAAGACAAACUCAGUUUGGACGGAGUGGAAUUCUACUUGAGCGAACAUUCUCACUGGCAUUGCCUCCAUUCCUGUCGUUGGUGCACAAUUUUUGGUCAUGUUUGCAACUAUUUGAACAGCUUGAUCGAUCGCAUUCGGUUACUAGAUGAUCGAUUCGAAAGUGGGCCGCUGAUUGAAUAUGGCAGCUGGGCCGAAAGGAGUGAUAUCCUUGCGGCCAACGAAUUUGAUUUUGGAAUUCCGUUGAAACAUUUCUCAGUCUUGACAUCAGAAACAGCCAACAUUGCAGAUGCUGUUGUGGUUUUUACGAAGGAAGGAGCCGAAGCGGAUGCAUUUUACACCGAUUACGGCAUUAGCUCAGGUCGUCUAUUAUUCUAUUAUAAAUCCCUCGUCGAAGAAGCAAGCAGUCGAAUCUGGAAUGUUCACUUUUUCCAUCCGGUCGUUUCUCUUUCUGAAACUUGCGUGACUUUGACGUUUACUUACCGCGGCCGGCGAGAAAAACCGAUGAAAAUCAGCGUCGAUCUAACUCUGGUCAUUAAUAUGACUGGCCUGGCCGGUGGUCCUUACCAGGACACGGGCGCACCCCAUUUACCUGACGUCUUGUGCAAAUUGAACGCUCAACACAACCAAGUCGAGUCACGGCAGUUGGUCCCCCACCGCCGCAACGAAAGAGGCCGAUGGAAAGUGUCUCAUUUUGCGUUAGAACGUGACGUUUUCCUUCAUCAGUCGUGUUUUCCCGACGUUUCUCAAGUGCUACGCCUGCUCAAAUUCUUUGUGCUCAUGUCUAAUCACCGGAGAAAUCCACACCGGGACGGAGCGGAACAUACCAUACAGCGAAAAACUAGCCCUUCAUCCUACGCCCUCAAAACGUGUUUGUUCCAUUACAUGAAAAGUUGUCGCCCGCCUUGGGAUCCCGCAGAUCGAAUACAUCACUGCAUAGGUGUACUCAAAACGUAUUUAGCGCAAGGCCCACAAAUGAAAUCUUUCUUCGCUAAAAAUAUCGUUGCAUGCGAAAUCAGUUACGACAGCACUUUGAUUGUCAAAGAAAUUUUGACAAAACUCAAAGUUAUGAAGAACCAGAAAGGCUACAUUUAUACGUUUGAUCAAGACAUUUCUUUGUAAUAUUGUAAAAAUAAACUCCGCAAUUGA